AUGAUUGACAGCUGAUCACGUGCUAGAGUUUCUCUCUCAUGUCAUGAUGGUGAUGAUGAUGAUGAUGAUGAUGUGGAGUCUGAAGCUCACAAGCAUGAUUCCGAGAUAGAAGUGACUGAGUUGUUUCCUGGAGGGAUGUGUGAUUUUGUCUUCACCUUUGCUCUGAAUUUUUAUUCUCGGUGGAAACGAAGUCAGUCCGGAUGUUUACAGACUCUUGGGAACUUCUUCUGCGUCUGGAAUAUUUCCUUAAUUAAAAUAGAAGGACGCGAUUCUGUAUUCAUUAAGCAGGAUUGACUGAAGGUAGAAUUCGCAGCGCAAAAUGUGCGAAAAAAGCGGCAACCACUUUGGAAAAGACGUUCUUCAGACAGAGCAGACAAAAAACACAGAUGGAAACUUUGAUCAUGUUGAAAUCUCCGAAUGCAGAGACACGAACACUGUCUGUAAGACUCGUGUAUACCGGAGGCGAUGGCUCAUUGUGAUUCUCUUUAGCUCUUAUUCGCUGUGCAACGCGUUCCAGUGGAUCCAGUAUGGAAUCAUCAACAACAUCUUCAUGAAAUUCUACAACGUCUCUUCAUUCGCCAUCGACUGGCUGUCAAUGAUCUAUAUGUUGACUUACAUCCCCUUCAUAUUUCCAGUGACAUGGCUGUUGGAGAGGAAGGGGCUGCGGGUGAUCGCUCUGUUCGCAGCCUCGAUCAACUGCGUGGGAACGUGGAUCAAAGUGGCCAGCGUUCAGCCAAACCUGUUCUGGGUCACUAUGCUCGGACAGUUCACCUGUUCCUUUGCGCAGGUGUUCAUUUUGGGAAUGCCGUCUCAGGUCGCGUCCGUGUGGUUCGGAUCUGAUGAAGUGUCCACCGCCUGCGCCAUCGGCGUGUUUGGAAAUCAGCUUGGCAUUGCUAUUGGUUUCUUGAUCCCACCAAUACUUGUGCCCAACGUGGAUGACAUGAAUGAACUGGCUCAACACAUCAGCAUCAUGUUCUACAUUACAGCCGCUGUGGCCAGCCUCAUCUUUCUGCUGGUCGUGUUUGUUUUUCAGGAAAAGCCUGAAAUCCCUCCGUCUCUGUCUCAGGUGGCGCUCAGAGACAUGCCCACCACACAGUACUCCUACUUGGCUUCAAUUGCAAGACUUUUCUGCAACAAGCCCUUCAUCCUCCUCCUCAUUAGCUACGGACUGAAUGUGGGAUGUUUCUACGCUGUUUCCACUCUGUUGAACAGAAUGAUAAUAGAGCACUACCCUGGUGAAGAGGUGAAUGCUGGGAGAAUUGGCUUGACUCUCGUCAUCGCUGGCGUGGUCGGCUCUCUGCUCUGUGGAAUCUGGCUAGACAAGACCAAGACUUAUAAGCAGACGACGCUCACAGUGUAUCUGUUGUCGUUUGUGGGGAUGGUGAUCUAUGCUUUCACCCUGAACUUGGGUCAUCUGUGGGUUGUGUUCCUCACAUCAGGAGCGCUCGGGUUCUUCAUGACGGGUUAUCUGCCGCUGGGCUUUGAGUUUGCAGUCGAGCUCACGUACCCAGAGUCAGAGGGAACAUCUUCAGGGCUGCUCAACUGCUCAGCGCAGAUGUUUGGAAUUGCAUUCACCAUCAUUCAAGGCAAAAUCAUCGAUCACUUCAGCACACUGGCCGGAAACAUCUUCCUCUGUGUGUUCCUCUUCAUCGGCUCCAUCAUGACAGCGCUUAUAAAAUCUGACCUGCGGCGACAGAAGGCCAACAGUCAGCCUCAGACAGAGGUGAUCGCUGACUCAUCCGUACAUCCCCAAGAUGGAAAAUCAUUAAAAGAGGUGAAGAUGUAAAGACGGAAACCACUGGAAUCACUCUCUCAAAGUGCAUCACACCUCCAUGUGAACAAUCAUCGCAUAAAUCCUACUGAAAUUUACACUGACAAUAUCUGAACAAUAACAGUUCAGUAGCACAACCGAAAGUACAUUUUCUAACUUCACGUUGUAAUAUCCUGUUGUUUUUCCUUCAGUAGCCUAUUUAACCUAACCAGUAGUUAGUGCUCAUUACAAAGCUCCCACAUCACAACAUUCAAUGGGAAUCAUUUAUGAAACAAAAGCACAAAAAAAUUGAAGGCCGUUGCAUUCAAUUCACACAAGUAUGGAUUUAUGAACACUCCACAUGAACUGCUCGUGUUUCAUGUUGUAAUGUGUAAUUUUCUACACCUUACGUGUAUCGUGAUGUUUGCACGAUGGUUUGUUAGUUAUGAGAACCAAAUGUUUUUUAGCACUAAGUACUAAUCUAGUAUAGAGUGUAACAGACACAUCUAGAUCUGAUUCAGGUGAGCUGGAUGUUGAUGCUGGACAUCACUCUGUUAUUAUGGAAGGUCAAAGUCCUGCAAUGAAACCAACUCAAUAUAUGAUGCUUUAAAUGUGUGAGCGCCUUGAGAAAGAACAUCAGUGAUCAAUGGAGAUGUGUGAUGAUACUCUCGUCUUAUAUAACACACAACGGUGCAGAACACAGGAAAUUAGAAAAUAAUUUACUUUGGGAACAUCUGCGAUGGUUAAUGUGUGUUGUAGUGUGCAGUGUAAUGUGUGAUUGAUUACACUGAAUGAAAUCCAAGGUUUUCUCUUACUCAUGUUGGACUGCUGAUUCCAAAACCAGUAUCUGUUUUGCUGAAGGAAAGAAGCUGUUGUUAAUUGCCAGAGAAACUGCGACAAACACAUGAUUCCUGUCUUCAUCUGAGCCACAUUACAACUUUUAGUUCAGUUCUCAGACCAUUUGCAUGUGUAAUCUAAUCCUGAUAUUAAGGUCAGAAUUAUGGACAGAAGAAAGUCUUUUACUGCAUCCACAGAACAUCACGGAAAAAAAUAAGAUAUUCAUAAACAUGUUUAUGUGAAGUUUAAGAGAUUAAAUUGUGAGUUUGAACAUGUUUCUCCACUCCUCUGCGGACUCCAAGUUGAAAGAUAGACUUUACAUUUUGUUUUAUCCUUUAUUUAGCAAAUACAGAGUGUGUGUAUGUAGUCCUGUGUACUGUUAUUGUUUGUAUAGAAACAUUUUGUAUAUAAUCUAGGAAUUCUUGGUGUUGUAAAUUAAAUCUGACAUCCAGUAAUAAAGUGAUAACUAGUGGCUAAACUGCAAAUGAGUCAUGCAAACUAUUCCACGUGUGUUAACCACUGAGACGUGACCAGAAAUAAACAUUCAUGAACAGCAGCUAUUAAAACUCUUUUUGCUUAAAUGCUUGACAUUCAUUAUUUAAA